CCAAACUAUCAUUGCCAUAUCACAUGCUUUCAUUUUCUUGCAACAAUCAAAACCCCCUUUAUUUAUACCACACAAAAAAAAAAAAAAAAAAAUCAAACCACAAACUAAAAAUGGCCACAAAAACUCACAUCCUCGCCAUCCCUUUCCCUCUACAAGGCCACAUAAACCCUAUGGUCCAGCUCUGCAAUCGCCUAGCCUCGAAAGGCGUCGGCGUCACGCUCGUCACCACCGCCACCUUCGCCUCCCGCCUCGAGAGGCGAGCCGCGGCCGGCGACGGCAUGUCGAAGAUCAACUCCGAGACGGUCCCCGACCCGACGGUCGGGGACCUCGAAGCCCUGGACGUGUACGAUACGUUCAUUCGUACGUUCAGAACCGCCAUCACGAGCAGCGUGCCAGACAUCAUAGACAAACAUAUCAACACCCUGAGCGUAGUAGUCUACGACUCCUACGCUCCUUGGGUUUUGGACAUUGCCCAUGGGAAAGGACUAAAAGGGGCCGUGCUUUUCACUCAACCUUGCACUGUUUGCACGGUUUUCUACCACGUGCAUAAGGGCAGUUUCGUCAUUCCGCCCGGCGACGACGACGAGGAGGUCUCACUGCCUGCGAUGCCGGCUAUGAGAGUUAGGGACUUGCCUUCUCUUGUGAGUAGCAAGAAUGCCUAUCCAUCGGUGCUGACGCUUCUUGUUGAGCAAUUCUCGACGUUCGAGAAAGCCGACUGGCGAUUGUUCAACACGUUCGACAAGCUCGAGGAUGAGAUACUGAAAUGGAUGUCAAAGAAAUACACAAUUAGGACAAUAGGUCCAACUGUUCCAUCCAUGUACACAGACAAGAGAUUGGAAGGGAAUUACGAUUAUGGCCUUAGCCUCUUCAAGCCGAAAAUCGAAUCUUGCAAGAGAUGGCUCGACGAGAAAGAAGACCGGUCCGUCGUCUACGUGUCGUUCGGGAGCUUAGCCGAUUUAUCGGAGAAACAAAUGGAGGAAGUCGCAUGGGGCUUGAUCGGGAGCGAAUGCGACUUCCUAUGGGUGGUUAGAGAAGCGGAACAGGGAAAACUCCCCCGAUAUUUUGGCUCAGGUCCCACAGGCAAAUACCUAAUAGUGGAUUGGUGCACUCAGUUAGAAGUGUUGUCCCAUCGGGCCGUGGGGUGUUUCAUGACGCACUGCGGAUGGAACUCGACUCUUGAAGCAUUGUGUCUGGGCGUGCCAAUGGUGGCCAUGCCUCGUUGGACGGAUCAAACCACGACCGCCAAGUUGAUAGUCGACAUGUGGCAAAUAGGGGUCCGUGUUGAGGCAGGGGAGGAGGAUGUUGUCACGAGGGGCGAGGUUGCGGCUCGUGUGAACGAGGCUAUGCAACGAGAUCGAGGGAGAGGCGAGGAGAUGAGAGGGAACGCCUUGAAAUGGAAGGAUUUAGCCAUAGAAGCAGUCAGUGAAGGAGGAAGCUCAGAUCAAAACAUUACAGAAAUAGUGAGGGAAUUUUUGAAUAAUAAGUAAUCCAUCAAUGUAUUAAACUUCAUCCAAGCUCCACUUCUUGCAAUAUCCAUUCUAUACAUAACAAAGCAUUGCCAUA